AAUUUUUAGUUUCCUUUACGAGAUUGUCUAACAAUUAAAAGGUGGGAGGGUCCUUUGAUUUCAAAAAUUGACAAUGGCAAUGUAAUAUCUGUAGAAUGUGAACAAGUUAUUGAAAUGCUAGAAGGAUGUUUUAUUGCACCAUAUAAGUUCAAAAGAGAGAAACUAACAUUUCUCUUUGCUCUACAAUAUGGAACAGCAAAUACUUGCUUAGCUCAGAUAUCACAAUUAAAACGAGCAGCAAUGCUACCUAGUGCAGAUCAAGCUUCCAUGAUUGGAGCAAUUGUUAAUUUUCGACAAGCAAAAGUCAAGUUUGAUACUAGCUGGUUAGAAGAUUUGCAUGAAACCAUACUUCUUGAAACAAUGGGAAAUAAAAUUACUCCUUUGGUUGUUAAUCCUGGAAGAAUUCUUUUAACCACAAGUCGCUUGUAUUUUCAACCUUACAAUAAUGCUGAACCGUGGCUAGUUCUGAAAAUCAAACUUUCUGAUGUUAAGAGGAUAAUUAAAAGAAGGUUUUUAUUAAAACAUGUGGGAUUAGAAUUAUAUUGUUCUAAAACCUCUCCUGUACAGCACUUGUUUUUGUCUUUUAAAACUCGAAGUGAAUGUGAUGCAUUAUGUACAAAGUUGGUGCAUGAGCCUGCUGUAAAACUGGAUGACACUGGACAAGAAAAUAUGACUCUAUUAUGGCAAAAUGGUGUGAUAUCUAAUUAUGAUUAUCUUCUAUAUCUUAACAGCUUAGCAGACCGUAGUUUUAAUGAUCUCACUCAGUAUCCAGUAUUUCCUUGGGUUUUAUCUGACUAUGUAUCAGAAUCAAUAGAUCUGAAUGAUCCUGCAAUCUAUAGGGACCUAAAGAAGCCAGUAGGAGCACUGAAUGAAGAAAGACUAGAACGACUGAAGGAUAGGUAUAAUGAAAUGGCUGAACCAAAGUUUUUAUAUGGAUCUCAUUACUCCACGCCUGGCUUUGUAUUAUAUUACCUUGUUCGAGAAAUGCCCCAAUAUAUGUUGUGUUUACAAAAUGGUCGUUUCGAUCAUCCAGAUCGCAUGUUCAACAGUGUUCCUGAUACUUGGAGAAAUAUUACCACCAACACCUCAGAUUUUAAAGAACUUGUUCCUCAAUUUUAUGAUUUGGAGAGAAAUGGAUCUUUUCUUGUCAAUUUAAAAAAUUUGGAUUUUGGAACUAGAAUGGAUGGAUCCAAAGUUGGUGAUGUGGAACUGCCUCCCUGGGCUAAAGAUCCUGCUGAUUUUGUGAGGAUAUUAAGAGAGGCCUUAGAAUCAGAUUUUGUCUCAUCUAAUUUAAAUCAUUGGAUUGAUUUGAUUUUUGGUUACAAACAAAGAGGUGAAGAAGCCAUCAAAGCAGAUAAUGUAUUUUACUACCUUACGUAUGAAGGUUCUGUGGAUUUAGACAGCAUUUGUGAUGCUAAUCAGAAGUACUCUCUGGAAGUUCAGAUUAUGGAAUUUGGACAAAUCCCAAAGCAGUUAUUUGUGAAACCUCAUCCUCACAGAAGAAUGCCUUCACCAACUGACGAUCUUAUUGAGGAUAGCUUUGAAAAUCUAGUCACAAUUAAGAGUGGCAGGAGUGGUUCAUUAUCAAGUGGAAAAUUUGAUCACUCUUCUAAGUGGAUUAAGAAUGUAACUAAGCUUUCUCUUUGUCUUGAUUGCAAAGUUCAUAAAGAAAUCAUUACUGAUAUCUGCAUUACAAAAGAUCAAAAAUCUAUAUUUUCAGUUUUUAAAGAUGGUUUGUUAAAAAUGUAUUCCUUAGAAGAAAAGAGACAACUGAGAAGUAUAAAUGUUUCCACUAUGGCAUUGUCAUCAUGUGCUCUUAUGGAAGAUGAUCGAACAGUUAUUGUUGGAUCAUGGGAUAAUUAUGUUUAUCUGUAUAAUGUUGAAUAUGGAAAAUUACUGGGUGCUAUUAUGGCUCAUGAUGAUGCUGUUACAGGCAUUUGUUUCAACAAAGGAAUUCUUGCUACUUCAUCAAUGGAUUCUACUGCAAAGGUUUGGCACUACAAUCCUGGAGAAGGUGUGCGCCAUGCAUUUGCUUUAAGUGCUGAACUGGAUCAUGAAGCUAGCGUAUAUUGUUUGACCCUGAAUGAAAAAAAUUCUUUGCUUGUUACGGGAACAUGUAAUGGUCACAUAUAUAUAUGGGAUCUUUCCUCAUAUGCUCUUCUGGGCCAACAUCUUUAUCACACUGGUGUUAUACACGCUGUUUUGUUUAGCCCAGAUUGCAGGAAUGUUGCAACAUGUGGCAGUGAUAGAACAUUAAAAGUGAUAGAUGUAAAGACAGCUACUUUGCUCUUCAAUACAGAAUCUGACGAAGAGCUGAGAUGUCUUUGCUGGAUUGGGAGUGUUGCUGUUGCUGGUUCUUUAUGUGGAAAUCUAUUUGUGUGGGAUCUCUUCAAAGCAGAGUUGUUGGAUACGCUGCCUGCUCAUACAGGUGCUGUUACUUGCAUAUCAAUAUCAGAUGAUGGUGAAAUAUUAGUUACCGGUGGAGAAGACUUGCAUAUGAAAGCAUGGCGAAUCCAAGAUAGCUAAGCAUUUUGAUGCCAUUAAAUGAAUUGUGAACUCAUUUGUAUAUUUUGCUCCAAUAAAUCAAAUUUUAUGUGAUAAAGCAGUACUUUGGUAUUGUGCUAAUUUCCUCUCAUACUGUAUAUUGGAAGUGUAUUAUGAAAAGUUUGCAGUAUUAAUUUUGCUGUAAAUUUUAAUGUAUUAAUGAUAAUAGAAGAUAUGACUUCUGUUUACUAUUCCGAAGGCCAUAAAUGUUUAAUUCUGUAGACUUUGAUAACAUUUGAAAUAGGGUGACAUAUCUUAAAUUUAAUAGUAAUUGUCUUUGUAGCUGUGCUUUUGUUUGUUUUGGUCACAUAAUUGAGAUGAAAUUCAGAUGAAAGGAGGUAAAUUCAUUUGGAUCUGCACACACUCAGCUUAGUUGCAUAAAAUCUAGAAUAUUGUGCCUUUUGCAUUUGUGAUAAAGAUAUUAUACUGAAUACUUUUUGUGUUUUUAUUAAAAUCAUGAUGCAAAUGGUUUGCACCUAUGUCAUUAGGUCUGUGAGAGAUACUGAAAUACUUUUAUUGUUUGUAUAAGAUUUUUUAUUUAAAAUGCUCUUAUUUAAUAAAAUGUCUUUCAUAUCUAUUAUGUAAAUAAAGGAAUUUAAACUCCUUUUGUAUUGAUUACAUGCUGUAUAAUAUAUAAUAAAUAUUAAGUUGCAGAUAUUAAUAUAUGAAAAAAUAAUCAUAUCUGAUGGAUAAAACCCAGAAAAACUAGCAAACAAACUUAAGAACAAACCUGAUCUGUUAUAAUAAAAUGCAGAAUAUGUA